AAAAAAAUAAAAAUUGAGAAUUGAAAUGAUGAAAUGCAAGUGGUAAAAGUCGUCUUCUCCACUGGCCGACGGCUUUUCCAAAUUUUUUCAUCACUCUCUCACCUUCCCUCGUCCCUCCCUCUCUCUCUAAAUCGCAGUCUCUCUCUCUCUCUCUAAACGAACAUUCUCUCUGACAAUUCCACAUCGAUCUUCAACAAGAUCUCGCUCUUCUUACCCCCUUCGAUCCCCCAACGAACGGCCACGAUCGAGCGAGCGAGGGAGAGAGAAUCGAAGGAGUCGCACUCGCACCGGCGCAGAGGCGUCCUCUCGGCUGGAUCUGAGCAGAGAUGGCGUUGUCUGGCAUGAGAGGUCUCUCCGUCUUCAUCAGCGACAUUCGGAAUUGCCAGAACAAAGACCAGGAACGCCUUCGCGUCGACAAAGAGCUCGGCAAUAUCCGUACUCGUUUCAAAAACGAAAAGGGUUUGACACAUUAUGAAAAGAAGAAAUAUGUUUGGAAAAUGCUUUACAUCUUUAUGCUUGGUUAUGAUGUUGAUUUUGGUCACAUGGAAGCUGUUUCUUUAAUAUCUGCACCAAAGUAUCCAGAGAAACAGGUUGGGUACAUAGUGACAUCGUCUUUGCUCAACGAGAACCAUGAUUUUUUGAGAUUAGCAAUUAAUACUGUUCGCAAUGAUAUUAUUGGUCGGAAUGAAACUUUUCAGUGCCUGGCAUUGACUUUGGUUGGGAAUAUUGGUGGGAGAGAUUUUGCAGAAUCAUUAGCACCUGAUGUUCAGAAGUUACUUAUUUCUAGUAGUUGCAGACCACUUGUGAGAAAGAAGGCUGCUCUGUGUCUCCUUCGCCUGUUCAGGAAAAACUCUGAUGUUGUCAAUGUAGAUGGCUGGUCAGAUCGGAUGUCACAGCUGUUAGAUGAACGUGAUCUGGGUGUUUUGACUUCUUCUAUGAGCCUUCUUGUUGCUUUAGUGGCUAAUAACCACGAUGCAUAUUGGAGUUGUCUUCCAAAGUGUGUAAAAAUAUUGGAAAGGCUGGCCAGGAACCAGGAUAUUCCACCAGAAUACACUUAUUAUGGUAUCCCAUCUCCCUGGCUUCAGGUUAAGACAAUGAGGGCUCUUCAAUAUUUUCCUACUAUCGAAGAUCCAAACACUAGAAGAGCAUUGUUUGAGGUUUUACAACGGAUUCUAAUGGGAACCGAUGUUGUGAAAAAUGUGAACAAAAACAAUGCAUCACAUGCUGUUCUCUUUGAAGCCCUUGCUCUUGUCAUGCAUCUUGAUGCUGAGAAAGAAAUGAUGUCUCAGUGUGUUGCCUUGCUUGGGAAAUUCAUUGCUGUUCGUGAGCCAAAUAUUCGAUAUCUUGGUUUGGAGAAUAUGACCCGGAUGUUGAUGGUCUCAGAUGUUCAGGACAUUAUUAAAAGGCAUCAAUCACAGAUCAUCACCUCCUUGAAGGAUCCAGAUAUCAGUAUUCGGAGACGUGCUCUUGAUCUGCUCUAUGGCAUGUGUGAUGUUUCAAAUGCAAAGGACAUAGUUGAAGAAUUAUUGCAGUAUCUCAGUUCAGCAGACUUUGCAAUGCGUGAAGAAUUGUCGCUAAAAGCUGCAAUUCUUGCUGAGAAGUUCGCCCCUGACCUGUCAUGGUAUGUGGAUGUGAUCCUUCAGUUGAUUGAUAAAGCAGGCGAUUUUGUCAGUGAUGACAUUUGGUUUCGUGUUGUGCAAUUUGUUACGAACAAUGAAGACCUACAGCUUUAUGCAGCAGUAAAAGCCAGGGAGUAUCUUGAUAAGCCUGCUGUACACGAGACAAUGCUCAAGGUCAGUGCUUAUAUCCUUGGAGAAUACAGUCACCUUCUGGCCAGACGGCCUGGGUGUAGUCCAAAGGAGAUUUUUAGCAUCAUACAUGAGAAGCUUCCUACUGUUUCGACUUCUACGAUUUCCAUUCUUCUUUCAACAUAUGCUAAGAUUUUAAUGCACAAUCAACCCCCAGACCCAGAAUUACAGAAUCAAAUUUGGGCAAUUUUUCACAAAUAUGAGAGUUGUAUUGAUGUUGAGAUACAGCAAAGAGCUGUUGAAUAUUUUGCAUUGAGUAGGAAAGGUGCAGAUUUAGUGGAUAUAUUGGCUGAAAUGCCUAAAUUCCCCGAGCGCCAGUCUGCAUUGAUUAGAAAAGCUGAAGAUACUGAAGCUGAUACUGCAGAGCAAAGUGCUACUAAGUUGCGGUCACUGCAUCAAACUUCUAAUGCAUUGGUAGUGACUGACCAACGCCCUGCCAAUGGAGUGCCACCUGUGAACCAGCUUGGUCUGGUGAAAGUGCCCGACAUGAGCAAUGUGGAUCAUAACUCAGCAGAUCAAGGGGUGACUGAGGCGAAUGGGACUCUGACUGUGGUGGAUCCACAACCGCUUGACCCUUCAGCUGAUGUCCUUGGUGAUCUCUUAGGUCCACUGGCUAUUGAAGGACCUCCUCAUGUUGCUGCCCAAUCUGAGCAUAAUUUGGUCUCUGGAGCAGAAGGUGCUCCAAAUGCAGAAGAUGCUCUAGCACUCACACCUGUUGAAGAGCAGAAAAAUACCAUCCAGCCAAUAGGAAAUCUUGCAGAAAGAUUUUAUGCUUUAUGCCUGAAAGAUAGCGGUGUGUUGUACGAGGAUCCUUAUAUUCAGAUUGGCAUUAAAGCGGAAUGGCGCGCCCAUCAGGGUCGACUUGUUCUUUUCUUGGGAAACAAGAAUAUUGCUCCACUAGUUGCAGUUCAAGCUGUGAUAUUGCCUCCCUCCCAUCUGAAGAUGGAGCUCUCAUUAGUACCUGAAGUUAUUCCUCCACGGGCACAGGUGCAAUGCCCUCUUGAAGUCGUCAACCUCCGCCCAAGUAGGGAUGUAGCUGUUCUCGACUUCUCCUACAACUUUGGAACACAUGCGGUCAAUGUCAAAGUUCGUCUUCCUGUUGUCUUGAAUAAAUUUCUUCAGCCUAUAUCAGUGUCUGCCGAAGAGUUUUUUCCCCAAUGGAGAUCACUUUCUGGACCACCUUUGAAACUUCAAGAUGUUGUUAGAGGUGUAAGACCAAUGUCUCUCGCGGAAAUGACAAACUUGUUUAACAGUUUCCGGUUGUUGGUUUGUCCCGGGCUUGAUCCAAAUGCCAAUAAUUUGGUUGCAAGCACGACCUUCUAUUCAGAGAGUACGCGAGCCAUGUUAUGCUUGAUAAGAAUCGAAACAGAUCCGGCGGACAGAACACAGCUGCGUAUGACAGUUGCCUCAGGGGACCCCACACUAACACUUGAGCUAAAAGAGUUCAUCAAGGAACAAUUGGUUAGCAUUCCUACAAUUUCAAGGGCACCUGGUCCGGCAACUCCACAGCAAGCUCAACCAACCAGUGCUCCGACAGCAAUAUCAGAUCCCGGCGCUAUGCUUGCUGGUUUGUUUCAGUAAAAGUGAAAAUGUGAUUAAUUCAAGAUUUUUUUUCGACACUUUGUAAGACUCAGUAUACAGCCUUACACCCAUUAUCUCCCCCGUCCCCAAAGUCAACAGGUGAGUUAAAUAGAAAUGCGAUGCAAGGGCUAUCGGACUUAUGAGCGUAUAUGUGACCGGCUCAGUGUUUUUGAGUUGGAUUUCUUAGGGGGGGUGGGAUGGGUCAGGCGUUUGAGAUGAGAUUCUUUCUGCACAAAUCAUAUUUGUGCCUUGUGAGUUUUUCCUAUUUUGGGGUGAGGGUUGGUUGUCUUUUCUUUUUUUCUUUUUCCUCUUUUUUUUUUUUUUUCAAUUCUAUUACCUUUUCCUUGUUUUAAUCUGGCGAGGUUUCAGUGGAUUGGUAUUCUGUAAUAUGAAUAGUAUGUGAGGUGGUGAAUGAAGGUAGGAUUGGUUGUAGCAAAUUCAUUUGUUUGUGGAUAUACAUAUUUAUUUUUCCAAUAAGAGCAAUUAUGAGGGGAAAGAAAAAAUUAAUGUAGCA